UGUCUGCCGUGCAGUCGUGAUGGUAUCCUCGCGGUGGUGUGUGACAAAAUUAAUUAUUUUUCAUCAUUUGUUUUUCCGUUGUGUUCGUGCUGUAUAAACAAUUUUACAAAGGCCUUUGUGAGUGUGCGCGCGUCUGUGCGGAUGUUUGUGUGAGGUGUGAAAAGUGCAAAUAUGCAGGCUACAUAGGUCAGCUAUCAUUAUUAGCUCCAUAGUGCGCGACAACGACAAACAUUCCUACAUACAUACCUAUAUACUUUGGAACGUAAUUGUUAUUGCAAUCAGUAUACAUAGUAUACAUAUUCACAUUCACAUAAUCAAUGUGUAAAAAAGAGCAGUCUCGUCACUAAAGUUGACUGCCAUGACUACGCAAUAGCAACAACAAGAGACGCACACAAACACACAUACUGUCGCAGACAUAUGGAGCGCUAGCAUACAUAUUUUAUUGCUGGUUUUGGUGGUAAAUUGUUGCAUUGUUAAUGGCUGGCCAGACGUGGUCGCUUUAUAACUCGUAUACUUCUCUCGUAUAUGCUCGAAAUACCGAAUCAUCAAAAGUGUUUUAUUCACAUAUACCUAAUUGUCUCUGUGCCACAUGUAUAAAUAAACAAAUAUACAUAUGCAUACAUAAUAUGUAUAUAGAAAAGCAAACAAACUAAAAACAAAGUGAAAUGUAUACUACAUAAGACUGCGCGCGUGUAUAACUGUAUCUCUCUCACUGACCAACUGCAACUGCAUAAUACAAAAACCAAAAAAACAAUAAACUGCACACACCUCCAACCACAACUCAUAUGUUAAAAAGAGCGCGUUCCGAACCGAACCGAAUCGAACCCAAGUAAUGUUCUCAAAGAUCGCUCGCUCGCUCGCUCUCGCUCGUCCAUGCAACUUAUUCCUCGUAUUCUGCCUACUACAACUACCAACUCUCUUCUACUCUGCAACAGUCUGGCGCUCAGACGGCUUUAGUUCCUAAAUUAACAGCGCUGUAAAACUCUGCCAUGAACUGCAAGUAAGUCAGCCACAGCAAGCAAACCAAAAAGUAAAAACAAAAAAUAAAAAAGAACAUAUAAGAGAAAGAAUAGAGCAAGACAGUGUCUAGUGGGCACACAAGAGUUUAGCUCAGCGAUUGAGAGGCAGAGAGGGAGCGAGCGCGUCUCCAACGGAAUCAACAACAACACAACAAGGGAGCCAACGCAUACUCCUCUCUCAGAAUGCUGAACUCCAAUCACUCGGGCAGCACACGGCGUCCUUUCUCGCGCAACUCAUCAUCGGCGCGUUCGCAUCGUGGCCGCAUGCUCUUCUCGCCACAUCCGCAGCAACAACAACAACAACACGGACUGCAGCGCAGCAGCCUUGGUGCUGGUCACUCGGGCAGCGGCGUGGGCGUGGGCGGAGGAGGCGGCGGCCUUGUGCCCGGUCAUAGUCCCUGGUGCAAUGUAAAUCUCAAUCACAACAACAACAUUAACAAUGCCAAUAACAAAGAUGGUCUCGAUGGCAGAAAUUCGAAUUGCGAUGUACAAACAAGUAAUUCUAGCGGAACUUGUAUUUAUAACAAUAGCAAAUCGCAUCAUCACAACAACUACAACAACAACCACAGCCACAAUCACACCAACAACAACAACCAUAGCCAACAACCACACCACCUACAUCAACAAAGCUAUAACAAUCAUCACCAACACAGCUACCACCACAACCACCACCAACAAAAUCAUUCACCGCCACUACCACUACCCCUACUAAGCAAUAUCAAUAAUACAAGUAACAAUAAUACCAAUAGCAAUACCAAUAAUAUUAGCAGCAAUCGUUCUCCAAUCAACAACAACAACAACAACCACCACAAUCUAUAUCACAAUUACUUCCAUGCUCAAGGCCCCCAUGAUAAUUGCCACAGCGCACCCGCCUUCAGUUCAAUGUCCGUGUCCGUUGUCAGAAUAAAUCCCGCCAGUUUAUGUCUAACAGUUGCCACCCCCUCCCCCACUGGCCUGCACAGGCGCUCACCACAGCUAGUUAGUGUACAGCUUCCAUCGCCAGCACCACCACAACCACCACCUACUACUAACAACCUUUCUCCCAACUAUCCAACUGAUCUGCCACAUAACCAGCUGAAUCAUUCCAGUCACAACCACAGCCACAACCAUAAUUACAACCAACAACACCAACACAACAACCAUAAUUUACAUCACAAUCAAUACUUACAUCAACAUCAAAUACAACAACAACAACAACAGCAAUUACAACAACAGACUAAUCGCCAAUCCCUCCCGCUAACACGUACGAAUUCAAAUUCAACAACUGCAACAACUUUAAAUUCAACCUCUACUACAACAACUACAACAACAAAUAGUAACUCUACUGAUGUUGUGAAUGUAAAUUCUUGUACCGAUAUAAUUCCUCAUGGUUCGCCACACCAACAACAACAACAAUCGUGUUCACUUUCGCCACUGACGACAACAACUGCAACCACAAUUCCCACAACGCUGACGAUGACGGCCUCUCAACGGCAACAACUACAACAACGACGAUCUCAACAACAACAACCACACCCACAACAACAACAACAACCACAAUUGUCGGCGGCGACACUUCUUAUGAUAAACAACCAAAUGACUGAAAACCAUAUUAAUAAUGCACCCAUCAAUAGCAAUAAUUCGCAAGGACCGCCGCAGAAUCAUCAUCAGCGUAUGUACAACAACAAUAAUAGCAGCAACAACAACAACAACAACAACAAUGGUCGUAGCAUUGGUUCAGGGAAUGGCAAUGCGAACAACAACAUCAACAAUGGUGCCGAUUAUAUGAACUAUAGACGGAUUGGUAAUGGCCUGCCACGCGACUAUCAGCAGCAACAACAAUUGCAACAGCAGCAGCAACAACAACAACAACACCAUGGGCCCAACUUGGGUGGUAAUGGCCAUAAUCGACGCCAUCAGGGAAAUCAUCUUAAUGGCAGCUACGAUAGGAAUUUAAAUAAUCACUAUGACAACGGCCAGAAUAUGCGUAACUUGGAUCAGAAUAUGGACAUGAGAUCGGAGCGCAGCUAUGGUGGCGGUACCGAUAGCGGAUAUAGCUUUAUGCGCGGCGGCGGCUAUGGACGUAAUUCCCAUUAUCAACAGCAUAUGGGAAAUGGCUACAACAACAACAAUGGAGCCUCUACCUCGGCUGCUGGUUCCAUGGGCGGUGACCUGCCCUCGGGCUCAGGACUGUCUGGUUCGACGCUAUCGCUAAAUGCGCCCGGCGGUCUCAAUUCGGACAGUCCGUCGCGCAAGCGCCGACGUAUUUCCGGACGACCCAGCCAAUCACCACCAGCCGUUUGGGAUACGCGACGCUCCCAGCGCGUUAUGAUGCAGCAGGGCAGUCCGCCUCUGCGCCGUCCCCGGCUGCGCGAUGUAGCCACCUCCACGCAGCAAUAUGCCCCGCACCACGGCAACAACAACCACCAACAGCAGCAGCAGCAACAGCCGCCAAAUUAUCACCAUUCAAUGCACCACCACCAUCAGCCGCCCCACUACGGGCAUCAUUCGCAGGCGGCCCAGCAGCAACAGCAGGCGCCACCGGCACAUCGCUCACUCUGGGAACUGCCGGGCAAUGCACCACCCACGGGUGGCAACUCUGGCGCCGCCAGCACAAUGGGCGCCAUUCUGCAGCAGGUGGCGUCCGGUGCGCCACCACAGCCGCCCAGCCAUCAGCAGGCAGUGGCUGCACCACCGCCACCGCCGCCCACCUCGCUCAUGGUUGAUCUCAACCAGGUGCCCGUCAGUCUGGCGCUGCGGCAUGAGCCCAUCUGGGCCUCAUUCUGUACCUAUCCGGUGCCCCCGCAGGCCCGUCUAGCGCCCUGCCAUCUGCACGGCAUUUACACGCAGCCCUUCUCGGCCGCACCCGCCGGUCUGACAGCCACACCUUUGCAGGUAACCCAGGUGCCAUCGGCCACCCAUGUGGCCGCCGCUGCUGCCGCCCAGCACAUGAUGCAGCAGGCCCAGUUGAACCAGCAGCAGCGCGCAGAUGUUACGGUCGCUGCUGUCGCGGGGCUGACCCUCGAACCACCCAAUGCCCACCAUCUGGAUGGACAUCAGGCAAAUGCCACAGCCGCUCAUGCGCAUCAAUUGCCUCCAAGUCACAUACAUAUUGCUUCAAUGAGUGCGGCCGCUGCGGCAGCAGCCACUCACCAUUUACAUUCCACGGCCGCGGCUGCGGCCGCCGCUGCUCAGGUAACUCAGAUGUCGACUGGACCACAGCAGAUCAUUAUAUCCUCUGAGCGACGCACAUUCCCGCCCCAUCGGCGCCUACCGCGCUUCUGGCCGCCCAACCAUCGGCAUGUGUUGCCGCCACAAACGCUGGUGCCGCGUCAGGCGCCAGUCCAGAUCCAAACCACCGCGGGCAUUAUCAAUCCUGGCUUUUUACUCAACUUCCUCGCCAUGUUCCCGCUCUCUCCUUACAAUCAACAUGAACUGAACUCGGCGGACACCAACGAAACGGAGAACUAUGAAGCGUUGCUCAGUCUGGCCGAGCGUUUGGGCGAGGCAAAGCCUCGUGGCCUCACUCGCAAUGAAAUCGAUCAAUUGCCCAGCUAUAAAUAUAAUCCAGAGUCCCAUAAUGGGGAUCAAACCUCAUGCGUUGUGUGCAUGUGCGACUUCGAGCUGCGGCAGCUGUUGCGCGUGCUGCCCUGCUCCCAUGAAUUUCAUGCCAAAUGUGUGGAUAAAUGGUUGCGAUCUAAUCGCACUUGCCCAAUUUGUCGUGGCAAUGCUUCGGAUUAUUUUGAUAGCGCCGAUCAUCAGCAACAUCAGGCGCAGAAUUCAGCAGCAGCCACCAAUGCGGGCAAUCCGAACAACAGCAACAACAACAAUAAUAUUAAUAGCAAUAACAACAAUAAUAGUUCUUCAUUGCCAGCAGCCGUUGCAGCCCAGAAUCUAAUCCCAACAGCAACAACAGCCGCUAGCACCCAACAACAACAACAACAAAGUCAAGCCGCUUAGGUGCCUCAGUAUCGUAUGCGCUUUCUCAACGUCCAGCUUAGCACCUCAGCCUAGCCAGGAGUGGAGCACAUUUUGCCUAUGCAUUACACAUUUAAAGAUCAAACAUUAGCAUACAAUAUAUACAGCAUUAUAUAGAAUCCAGGAGACGAAGUAGAGAAAGAAAAAGAAGAACACAAAAGUAACGCGCAACGAAUCCAACUGCCAAAUCGCUUCCCUUUUUACCAGCAACUUCAAUAGCUUGUCGUAGACGAUAAAAUAAUAAUAUUAAUAAUAUAUAUAUAUAUAUAUUAGAGGUUAGGCGCUAGGUGUAUAUGUAAGUAACAUAUUAAUAUACAUACUAUAUAUACAUACUUAUAAACAAAUAUACCACCAAGAUUUCACAUUGAUGAA